AUGUGUACAACGCGCGAGACGCCGCCAGUCUUCCAGUCUUCCUCUCCAGGCACAUCGGCCUCCACUGCACCCCCUCCUCCUGCGCCUACCGAAGCGGCUGCUCCUCCGCAUGCAAAUGCUCAUGAUGAGAAACAUCAGGGGGCACAAUCCACAGCUUCGGCGCCCUCCGCAACAGCAGCUGAAGUGGCGUCACCGGUUGCAGCGAACACCCCUUUCCUCGCGACAUCAUCAGAACUGCCAGAUGGAUGCAGCAGCAAGAGCAGCAACAGCAGCACUAUGAAUGGCAGUCAUGGCAAUCAUGGCACCGAGAGUGGCGGUCCUUCCGACAGUAUUGACAGCAGCAGGAGCGUUCGUAGCGAGCAUCCAUGUAGCAACAAGUACACUGGCGCUCGGAGUGGCGGUGUCUGCGGAACUACCGACUUGGAUGUGUGGAUUGGGGGAUUUUCACGAAAUCCUCCAGCACUUCUGACAGAGGGUGACUUAUGGUCUGUGUGCCAGAAGAUUAAGGAACUGCUCGUUGAAGAAAGCAACGUGCAGCCUGUUCCUGCACCUGUUGUGGUGUGCGGCGACAUCCAUGGGCAGUUGGAGGAUUUGUUGUUGCUCUUGCAGUUGGGUGGUUCCGUCAGUAGCACGCGGUAUAUCUUUUUAGGAGACUACGUGGAUAGGGGCAGGAAUUCCGUGGAAACCUUUCAGCUGUUAAUGCUCUUAAAACUGCGGUAUCCGGGGCAAGUUACGCUAUUGAGAGGCAAUCAUGAGACUCGCCAAGUGACCAGUGUAUACGGCUUCUAUGAUGAGUGCCUGAGGAAGUAUGGGAAUGCAAAUGUGUGGCGGUUUUGUUGCGAAGUCUUUGAUUAUUUGGCGCUCUCGGCCACCAUAGAUGGCGCUAUACACUGCGUUCACGGAGGGCUGUCGCCCGACUUGCAUCUCCUUGAUCAGCUUCGUCUGAUUCAUCGCGUAAGGGAGAUUCCAACAGAAGGGGCUUUCGGAGAUUUGGUGUGGAGUGACCCCGCAGAGGUGUCCGAUUGGCAAACCAAUCCUCGAGGCGCCGGGUGGCUGUACGGGCACGACGCCGUGCAACGGUUCCGACAUCUCAAUGGCAUUGAGCUUAUAGCCAGAGCUCAUCAGCUAGCUAUGGAUGGCUUCAAGUAUAGUUUUGACGACUGCUCAGUCCUCACGGUGUGGAGCGCCCCCAAUUACUGCUACAGAUGCGGAAACGUGGCUGCUGUCCUAAGGCUCGAUGACCAGCUGCAGAGACAGCUGCUCGUCUUCAGACACUCGACAAGCAGCCACACGCAGGAGCCUGGAAAGCAUCAGGUGCCCUAUUUCCUCUAA